AUUCGUUGCUGUUGCCUUUUGGACUUACGUCGCGUGAGGUAGGGUUUUGGACGAGUCGCUAGACUGCGAAUCGGAAGUGGCUAAGUUCGUCGUUCUUCCUGUUGGAUCAGACGUAGCGACGGGAGUCGCUCGCUGUGAAGGUAACUAUCGUUCUUCUUUUCGCGCGCUUCUUCAGCCAAAUCCCGUAAAUCCGCAGGACUUCAGGAUUGAGUAAAUCCGGGAUUUACGGAAAAAAGAGGGAAACGGAGGAUUUUCUCCGCCGUGAGAUCUACCGGCUGCUUAAAUCCUGAUUGGCAAGAGUUAGCAUAGAUCCUGCCCAAAUCCUGCAUAACUCCUGUUGCCAAACAGCCCCUUCGACUGGGUUUGUUCUUUGAGCAUGGAGAAGAAUAACAAGUAUAGCAUCAUCAUACCAACCUACAACGAGCGCCUCAACAUCGGCCUUCUUGUGUACCUCAUCUUCAAACACCUCCGGGAAUUGGAUUUUGAAGUCAUAAUUGUAGACGAUGGUAGUCCUGAUGGUACUCAAGACAUGGUAAAACAACUUCAGCAACUAUAUGGUGAAGAGCGCAUUCUAUUAAGAGCAAGACCAAGUAAGCUUGGUCUAGGAACUGCCUAUUGUCAUGGGCUGAAGCAUGCAUCUGGAGAUUUUGUAAUAAUCAUGGAUGCAGAUCUGUCUCAUCAUCCAAAAUAUUUACCAAGUUUCAUUAGGAAGCAAAAGGAAACCGGGGCCAAUAUAGUUACUGGCACCCGUUAUGUUAAAAGUGGUGGUGUUCAUGGCUGGAAUCUUAUGCGCAAAUUGACUAGCAGAGGAGCAAAUGUAUUGGCGCAGACAUUUUUAUGGCCUGGUGUGUCAGAUCUUACUGGAUCAUUUAGGCUUUAUAAGAAAUCUGUUCUCGAAGAUGUCAUAAACUCCGUUGUGAGUAAAGGAUAUGUAUUUCAGAUGGAGAUGAUUGUCCGAGCCAGCAGGAAAGGCUAUCAUAUUGAAGAGGUUCCGAUAACAUUUGUGGACAGAGUUUAUGGAACUUCGAAACUAGGAGGAUCCGAAAUAGUUGAAUACCUGAAGGGUCUCGUUUACUUGCUUUUCACAACAUAAAUUGGAGAAUGAGUGAAGGAAUACUGCCAGAGAUUUUUUUUUGCUGACUGGUAUAUGCUUUUUUCCUCUAAUUAAUUUUGUAUUAUUCAAUUGUUGACCUCAAGGAUGUCCAAUUGUUUUUGGUUUUGUUGCAUACGAUUGCUGAUCACUAGCUUAAGAAAUAAGCUUGUUGUAAAUGUUGUAAAAAUAUUUUCUUCUAUUUAUUUCGUUCAUUUGAAACCCCUUA